AUGAAGACAGCAGCGUACCCGAGCCCGGAGAGGACCGACAGUGACAACGAGGAGCAGCAUCAGAAGUCAAAGUCAAGCGCAAGACCAGCGUUUCGAGUUUCAUGGCCUCUUGCUGGGGACGGACGACGCGCCGUCGUGGGCGAAUCGCCUCCUUCCUCCACGUACGGGGGAGUUAAAAUCAGCCAUCCCAUUCCCGCGUCGCGUAUCAUCCACGUCCUGCAAGGGGACAUGGAGGUGCACUACCAAUCUGCUCACCGGGUCGCAAAGGGCAAGUACGCCCCGCCGACUCUGGACCUGCCGCUUCACUGGAACUCGGCGAAAAUCAAUCUCGAAGACCAUGAACUGCUCGAGCACUUCCAGCACGCCGCCUCGAGAUCCCUUACCAUCAUUGGGCACGACCCUGUGGAGCUGGGCAAUGCCUUGAUCAGGAUCGCCCUAUCCGGUACUACAGCGUCUGCAAAAGCCGUGCUGCAGUCCUUACUCGCCUUUUCCUGGAUCCAUCGCCACGAUGUGCAUCCUGGAGCGUGCGAGCACAAGAUUGCGGCCAUCAGGUCCUUGAGGGUUGCGUCGACCAGCAGCAAUGUUGGAGCUAUUGAGGCUAUACAGCACGUUGCAGCGGGGAUGCUGCUGUGUUCUUUUGAGGCAUACUCGAAUACUGAUCAACAAAUUCAGAUACACCAAUCUUCCUGUACCUCUGGCGAAUGGAUCACGUACCUCUGUGGUGUCCUGAACAUCAUCCAAGCCGCAGGUCUCAAUAAGGGCCCCCAAGAUAGCGAUCUAGUCAUCCUCCUAGAUUGGGUGUAUUACAACGAUGUCCUCGCCCGGUUCAGCCUCCAACACUGGAAGCGAGACACCACCACCUCCCAAGCCCCCCCAGCGGCAUUCACCCUUAUCCGGUUAUUAUCCGCAGUGUGCGAGGCAGUUCACUUAUCUACUGACAUGUCCCCUGAACAUGCCAAUGACCACAAAGAUUACUUGAGGGUUCUCGACUGGCGAAUCCGAAGUCUAGACCUGGCUGCCAUGGCCGGCGGCAACGCCGAUGCCCGAAUGGCGAUGGAACUAUACCAGCUUGCAGUGCUCGUGUACCUCAACCGCAUGUCUGAGUUUCAACCCGCCAACCAGCGAGUUAGAACGCAGCAGCAUACCGACAGGGCUUUUACUCUCCUUGGGCUGCUUGGUUCAUGCGAGAGGCAGUUUCCGGUUUUCAUCUUCGGUUGUGAGGCUCGAUGUGACGAGCAGCGGGCCGUUGUGCUCGAUCUUAUCGCCCGGACCGAGAAGAGCGUGGCUUCACGGUCGUUUGAGCAUGUCCGGCUGUUGCUGCAAGCGAUUUGGGCGCAGGAUGAUCUUGCGGAGAGGGGGUUUGAUUAUGAAUAUGCGGACCGGCUGAGCAGGGUCAUCAGCCGGGCGAGGAUCAUGCCCAUGUUUGUGUGA